AUGAAAUGAAAUCAGAACACCCUUCCAAAAAUGGAAACCUAAUGAAAGAACAGAAAUUGACGUUAUAAUGGAACCAUCACUUACGAGCAAGAUUCUUCGGGCCCCUAAUUUAAAAAGGGGCCAAGAAAAUAUCAGGAUACAAGAUAGAAUCAAGCUAGAACGAGUGCUAGGUGUAACUGUUUCCAGCAAUGCAGCCCUCGAUUGUGAUGCAACUAGCGAAUUGGUUGCAUAUCCAGCUGGUUGCACUGUGGUACUAUUUAAUCCACGACGAAACAGUCAAGCACACGUAUUAAAUGCUUGCCGGAAGACUGUGACUUCCCUGGCGCUUGCCGGGGAUGGUAAAUUCUUGGUCACUGGCGAAUGCGGACAUAUGCCAAACGUCCGUGUCUGGGAUAUUUCUGAUCCACACAAUGCUGUGCAGAUCGCGGAGUUUCCAGGACACAAGUAUGGCAUCAACUGCGUGGCGUUCUCACCCAGCAACAAAUACGUUGUAUCAGUUGGUUCGCAGCACGACAUGAUUGUCAAUGUUUGGGACUGGCGAAAUAAUGUUAAAGUAGCAUCCAAUAAAGUUUCGAGCAAGGUGAAGGCUGUCUGUUUUGCGGAAAAUGGCAAUUAUUUUGUUACCGUGGGUAACAGACAUGUAAAAUUUUGGUACUUGGAAUAUUCACGUAGCGCCAAGUACAAAGAACCUGUGCCUUUGAUGGGCCGAUCUGCUAUAUUAGGAGAACAAAGAAACAAUGAUUUCGUUGAUGUAGCCUGUGGUAGAGGGGAAAUGGCGGAUUCUACGUACGCAAUAACCAAAACGGGCCUGUUGUGCGAAUUUAAUAAUAGGAGACUCUUGGACAAAUGGGUCGAGCUUCGAACGAGCAGUGCCAAUUGUAUGGCGAUCGGCGAUAAAUAUAUUUUUAUUGGCUGUGCUGAAGGUAUUGUAAGAUGUUUUAGUCCUAGCACACUUCAAUUUAUUACUACGCUACCGAGGACACAUUACUUGGGAGUUGAUGUUGCACAAGGAUUAUCCAUCAGCCAUAUGUCGCAACAUCCUCCUAAUGCGAGGUAUCCGGACGCAAUUGCAUUGGCAUUUGACGAGCGAAAUAACAAGCUGACUUGCGUAUACAACGAUCAUAGUAUCUAUGUUUGGGAUGUGAGAGAUAUCAAACGGGUUGGCAAAUCACAUUCGUUCCUAUACCAUUCAGCCUGCAUCUGGGGCGUUGAGAUGUAUCCGACUGAUCCAGAUUCCGUCGGUGCGAUGCCGCCUGGAAGUUUCAUUACUUGUUCCAGUGACGACACAAUAAGAGUCUGGAAUUUGGAAAAGGACAAUUUGCCGAAUGAUACCUUGUACAAACGGAACAUUUACAGCAACGAAUUGCUCAAGGUGUUGUACGUGGAUCCAGAGUUGAUUUAUCUGAAGGAUCUGGACUUGGCCACUGCAGGAUCUACCGAAAAGAGCGAUGCUUCUUACGAUGGUCGUAACGGUGUCAGAUCGAUAAGGGUUGCACCUGACGGCAAACACCUCGCUUCUGGCGAUAGAUCUGGCAACAUCAGAAUUCACGAUGUUUCUUCGCUGGAAGAACUAUGUUUGAUAGAGGCACAUGAUGCCGAAGUGCUAUGUUUAGAAUAUUCUAGAUUUUCGCGACAUUCGCUAGAAACUCCUAGGUUAUUGGCAAGCGCGUCUCGCGAUAGAUUGAUUCACAUUUUUAGCGUUGAUCAGGGAUAUAAUUUCCUGCAGACGCUCGACGAUCAUAGUUCUUCUAUUACUGCGGUCAGGUUUUUCAAUCAAUUGAAUCAGAGUAAUCAAAUACAGAUGGUUUCCUGCGGCGCAGAUAAGAGUAUUAUUUUUAGGCAAUUGCAAUCGACACCAGGUGGAAUGCCGCAAUUUGCUAGAGGCCGCAAUGCUCAGGGAAAAACUACUCUAUAUGACAUGGAAGUCGAUUCCGGACAAAAGCAUGUGUUAACCGCCUGUCAAGAUAGAAAUAUUCGAGUUUACAAUGUUACUACGGGUAAACACAGCAAGACUUUUAAAGGUUCCGUUAGUGACGAUGGCUCGCUGAUAAAAGUUGUCCUAGGUAAGAUAAAUAAUUUAUAACUCAUAUAUCAUACAUCGCUGCUCUUACAAUACUGACAAAUUUUAUGGCAAUAUCUAGAUAUUUUAGCGACUCAUAUAAAAAGUUUUCCAAAUUAUUAUUACAGGGUGAGCUUUAACGACCAAAAAGAAAGUGAUUCUACGAUUAAAAAUAAAUUAAAAUGAUGGGGUAGAAUUUUUUUAAUAAGGCUUUAUUUUGAAAAAAGGCUUUGAAAAUUAAUCUGUAGUACGCGAAAAAUUACCUUUUAUUACUUAUAUUUGAAGAAUUAGAAAGAUAGAAUAUAUUAGAAACAAUCCAUUCUACUUUAAUGCAUAGAGUACAACUUUGCAUAACGACAUUAAAUAGCUAAUAUUUGCAACAAUAUUUCAAUUAAGUAAGAAAUAAAAUUAUUCUUUCUUUCACACAAAUUCACUUGUCUCUUUCAAGGGUCCAUUCUACUUUGCGGCCCGAAAAAGAAGGCGAUCUUUGAGAAUUUUUUCGGGAAAAGUGAUCAAGAUCACAUUCUUUAUUGUUUUUACAACUUAUUUGUUGUACUUUUCUCUUUAAUUUGUAAUUUUUUGAAGUCAAUUUGUUGACUGUAAGUAUAUGCUAUGCAAAAUUCCGG